AGAAAUAUAGACAACAAAACCCAGAAGCCAUGGUUAAGCUCGGGACACUGGCGGUGCUUUUUGUUGUCGGCGCCGUGAUGAGCCCGACGGAGGCGCAAGAUAUACCGUCGUGCGCCACAAAGCUGGUGCCCUGUGCCGAUUACCUUAACUCCACCACCACACCACCAGCUAGCUGCUGCAACCCCAUCAAAGAAGCAGUGGCGAACGAGCUUACCUGUCUUUGUAACCUCUACAAAGAUCCUAAUUUGCUUAAGGCCUUCAACAUCAACAUCACCGAUGCCCUCCGUCUAACCCGCAACUGCGGUGUCAGCACUGAUCUCAGCGUCUGUUCCCAGUCUCAGUCUCCAACAGCAUCUACGGUUCCACCCCCAGGGCAAGCCGGAAACGAUGGUGGAGCUGCUGACAGGAUAGCAUGGACUGGAAUUACUAGCUUACUCUUAUUUUUGGCUAUUGCAAUACUUUAUUGAGAUGGCAUAUUCCUUGGAGCCUGUUAUGAUUAGUAUUAGGGAUCGAGUUUUAUUUGGAGAUUUUAUCGUUCGCUGGAUCAUGUGUACCUUACCUUUGUGUCCACCAGUUAAAAUAACAUCAUUCCAUGCUAUGAAGAGAGUUGCGCGGAUAUACUUAGGGUGAGCAUGGGUAUGUAUAGAUUAGGUAUUUAUUUAUAUUUAUAUUUGACUUGAACAUGAUAAAAGCUACUGGAAGAAAGCAAGCAGCUGGUCACCGCAAAACCAGUAGACAAAAAAGGCCUACAGCAGUCGUCUCGUACCUUCGCAAAAGCGGUAG